AUGACACAAGAACGACCGGAAUUAAAUUAUUAUAUUAAAGAUUAUUGUAAACGAAUGAGUAAAGGAAAAAUGAGAACAUAUGAUCAACAAGAAAACCUUCCAUGGCAACUUGAAUGGGUUUGGCAUGUUCAUCGACUCCAUUCAUUGGCUUAUCUUAAUGAUUGUAAUAAACAACUUUCAGAUGAACUUGUUGAUAAAAAAUGUCCAAAACUUAUUAUAGAUUGUGAUAAACAAGAUAAAUUAAAGAAAUAA